AGCUUACCUGUACUCCACUACUGUACGGGAGAUGAGAUUUUAAAAUGUGAAGCGUAAAUUUGGAAAACAAACAUCAACGUGUGAGCAACGUCAAUAAGCAAAACUUCAAUAUACGUACAGCUAAAGGCGAGUAGUGGCCAGGAAUGUUGAAAAGGGCAGAACAGACAACAGUGGACAGGACCGAAGGUGGCACAAGUGGUCGCAAAAUGAAUAAUGAGCAAACAAAUGAGGAUAACAUUAAAAUCUCGUCAUCAUCCUGUGGCUGGCAGAUGAUAAAAAAUGCGGCAAAACAAUUAGAACGAGAUCGAAGAAAAAAGAUGGAAGGAUCAGUGAGAGUAUGAAGCGCUAGGAAUCGAGGCCUAAAGAGUAUAGAGCUGUAACAGUGGCCAGUGGACAGUUUCCCGGUGCUGUCGAGCUUCCGUCUCGGAAAGCAGUAGCAAAACGAGUGCAGAGGUUAUAUCCUGUGCAGGUUUGAGCAGGUUCCUUUUUUAAGGGAGUUCGUUGGCAGAGAUAAAAGCUUCAUCCACAAAAAACAAGAUGGUUUCAACCGUUUGGAGUGAGCAUAGAAUGCGGAGCAUAAAAGAGAGCGUACCAUGGAGUGCCAAAAACCAGCAGAAAGGGAAUGCUUGUGCAGUGUUGAUGUUUCAUUAAAAAAAAACACACGCAUGCAGGUUGUUAAGAUUCGAUGAUGGUGAGGACCUCAGAGUUGGAGCUGUGGACUGUUGUACUCUGUUGGGGCUCUCAGUUUCCAGUGAAGCGAAACAGUGCAAGUGGGAGAGGAGCGAUAAUGUUAAGCGAGCAUAAUGUUAUCGGUGUGCUACAUACACUACAUGUUUGUGCAUCUGUUACAUCUGUUCUACUGGCCCCGAUGCUGCGGCGCGGUGGUUCUUUCAAAAACACUAAAAGCCCCGCUAAUACUAUCAAGGAUUUCAAAGCGAAUCCCGAAUCGUGUUUCACUAUCAAACGGGAACUACUAAUCUACUACUACCACUAUUACUACUAUUACUGCUAUCGAUACUGCUACUGUUACUGCUAACGAGUUCGCUUAUUAAACUCCCGCCCCCUUUGCAUCUCAUUCUCUCUCUCUCUCUUUCUCGAUGUAACUUUAAAUACAUCUUUUUCAAGCGAUCGUUAUAUGGGAGUGAGCAGAGUUUGGUUGAAAGAGGAAAAGAAAAAUGGUGGAGUGACACAGGCACGGCCAUGAAACGGUAAACUGACGAUCGAUCGAUUUUCCCUUGUGCCCGCUAGCUUUAAGUGUUGGGUUUGUGUAUGCGUGUGCAUGUGUAUCUGUGUACGGGGAUCGGGAAAAUGAAGAAAAUAUCCAGACUGGUUAUUUGCUGGAGUUUUGGAUUGCGCAGACAGGACAGCGGCCCGGCCGGUCGAUUCCCCGUUCCGCCCCAGGCCACGUAUGUUGUGACGAUGAAUGUUAACAGAUUGUUGUAUCCAGUGAAUGGUUGAUGGUGAAUGGUUGAAAAGUUGUUGAUGGGAUAGCUUUACGUAUAGACCUUUUUAUCGCUCUUAUUCUCUCGUUCAAAGCAAAGGCAAGCAAAAAAAAAAUGUAACCAAACUAAGCCACUACACUAUUAUGAAACAAAACGUCCUCAUAUAUACGUCGCUCAAUCUCUUAAACUGGCAACGAACUUCCGCUCUACUCUACUGUACUACACACAACACAAACAACACGACAUCACACGCCAGAUUGUACACGCCAGACACUGAAACCAGAAACACCAGUACCGGUACGUUGUGGAACGAAAUCAAGAAGGAAAACUAGGAGAACAGAAGGAACAAACCCACGAGCGGAGAGGGGGGUUUUGGGGGAUACAGAAGAAGCAAAGCAAAACGCAAGCGCGAUAAAAGAUAUUGUAGAGAUGCCUUUUUGUUACGUAGACUCCAGCAGCAGAUUUUUACUGCACCCGUCAAGUGCGAUAUUACUGUUAAAAAUUCAACAAAAACCAAAAACCAAAAGAAAUAAAGAAAUCAAUUCAACGAAA